AUGUCGCACCUGGCACCUUCUGCCUUGAGACAGGCGUCUCGGGCCUAUGCCCGUCGCCUGUCAUCGUCAAGCAGCUUACUAAGGGCGUCAACUCCUCUUCAGACUGGGAUGGUUCCCGGAAGCCGGGCCCCUUCCAGACGCUCCUAUGUCUCUGAAACAAAGGCUGGCAGCGCUCAGGUCAGCGUUGACACAGCUAUCAAGGCAGAGCACAAGGAGUUCGUGAAGCAGACUGGCAUCCAGCCCCAGGAUGCUCAGCUUCCUGGCACACCGACGACGGCAGACGCAUCCAUGAGCCCUACCGCAGGGGUCCUGAAACAAGCCACCAUCAUGGAUCAAGGCAACCGUCCUAUUUAUCUCGAUAUGCAGGCCACGACACCCACCGAUCCUCGCGUCCUGGAUGCCAUGCUUCCUUACCUGACGGGACAAUGGGGCAACCCCCACUCGAGAACGCAUGCUUACGGCUGGGAGACGGAGCAGGCCGUCGAAAAGGCCCGAGAACAUGUCGCGAAUCUGAUCGGAGCUGACCCCAAAGAGAUCAUCUUCACGAGUGGAGCCACAGAGAGUAAUAAUAUGAGCAUCAAAGGUGUUGCGAGGUUCUUCGGUCGUCAGGGGAAGAAGAAACAUAUAAUCACCACGCAGACCGAACACAAGUGUGUCUUGGACAGCUGCCGACACCUUCAGGAUGAAGGCUACGAAGUCACAUACCUUCCCGUGCAGAACAACGGCCUGAUCAGGCUCGAGGAUCUCGAGGCGGCGAUUCGCCCCGACACUGCUCUGGUCAGUGUCAUGACGGUCAACAACGAGAUUGGUGUCAUCCAGCCCAUCAAGGAGAUUGGACAGAUUUGCCGCUCCAAGAAAGUGUUCUUCCACACGGAUGGUGCUCAGGCGGUGGGAAAGAUCCCCAUCGACGUAAACGAAUGGAACAUCGACCUCAUGUCCAUUUCCGGACACAAGAUCUAUGGACCUAAGGGUAUCGGCGCCUGCUAUGUUCGCAGACGGCCCCGAGUUCGCCUCGAUCCCAUCAUCUCUGGUGGUGGGCAGGAGAGAGGUCUCCGCAGCGGCACCCUCGCUCCUCACCUCGUGGUUGGUCUCGGCGAGGCUUGCCGCAUUGCCAAACAGGAUAUGGAGUACGAUGCGGAACACGUCAAGAAGCUGUCCAAGCGGCUGUUAGAUGGGCUUCUGUCGAUGGAGCACACGAUGCUGAACGGGGAUCCAGACCGUCAUUACCCAGGCUGUGUCAACGUCUCCUUUGCGUACAUUGAAGGCGAGUCGCUCCUGAUGGCGCUCAAGGAUGUUGCCUUGUCAUCGGGCAGUGCCUGUACGUCGGCGUCCCUGGAGCCCAGCUAUGUGCUCCGGGCGCUGGGCAACAACGACGAAAACGCGCACAGCAGCAUUCGGUUCGGCAUUGGGCGGUUUACCACGGAGGCUGAAAUCGACUAUGUGCUCAAGGCGGUCCAGGAUCGAGUGCACUUCCUCCGCGAACUGAGUCCCCUCUGGGAGCUGGUGCAGGAAGGAGUCGCGCUGGACAGCAUUGAGUGGAGCCAGCAUUAA